GUGUCGGGAGUGUCUCUUAUGUCACAUGUUUUUUCUGUGCACGUGCCCGGAGGGUAUCUGGUGGUACGUCACCUCUAUAAAGUUCCGGGGCGCUCCUGUGUAGAACAGAUCAUCAGUGGUUUUCGUGCCGUGACGAGGUUUAACCUUCAGUCAUCACACCGCGCUACCCGCACACCUCCUGACAAAGACAACACAGAGAGAAGUAUGCUGUACAAGAUGUCUGGCCGCCUGUCCCCGUCCAUAGUGCUGUGUCUCCUGGCCAUGGUGUGUGUUGUGUCGUCCGGCAGGGUGGACACCGAGUUUGAAUGUCUGAUGAAGUGUCUGGGGUGCAGUCAGAUGUUCGAGACUUCCAAGUGGAACGGACUUGCGUGCAAACUGGCGUGUGCAAACACCCCUUACAACUUCAAUGGAAAUGGGAUUGACGCCUUCUGCACUAACUUCGUUGAACCUUGAGGCGGAUCGUCGACGGCCGAUGACAACAUCACAUAUACAAUCGAGCUUUGUUUAAAGUCAAUUUGCUUAAAUAAAUGCGUUUCUCCCCUAGAAAUGGGCUACAAGGUCUUGGUAAAUCGGAAAUGUUAACGUUACUAUCCGUUACACUUAUUGCACGUUUGGGCUGUAGAUGAAGAGAACUCGGUGAGUUCCAGUAAGAGAUGCUGCAAUGUGUUUAGCUUGUUUUAUUAGUUUAAACCAUGAAAUCUAGAAAUAUUAGUUACUGCAUGGCCGUCUCACUAUUAUUGUCAUCCAAACUUAAUCCAUAAUAAACAGUUAAAAAGCUGA